AUGGAACGCAAUCAUCACGAUACAAGUGAUCAUCAUUCAAUGAUGAAAAUGUAUUUUCAUACGGGUUUUACUGAAACAAUUUUAUUUCAACCAUGGAAAACAACAUCUAUUCCAAUUUUUAUUUGUUCAUGGAUUUUUAUAUUUAUUUUGGGUAUUCUAUAUGAAGGAAUUAGAGAAAUUCGUCUUGAUUUAGAAGAAGUAAAAUUAAUUGAAAGACCUAUAAUUCCAAAUGAAAGAAACGAAGAUGAGUUAGAACGUAUGAAUAUUGAAACAAUUGAAUCGAUUGUUCAUACUAAAAAAAAAAAUCCUGUACAAUAUACUGAACGUGCUCUACAUAGUAUUCUAUAUGCUGUUCAUAUAAUACUUGGUUAUGUACUAAUGCUUAUAGCCAUGACAUUUAAUAUUUAUCUUUUUCUUGCCAUUAUUUUCGGCAUUGGUACAGGUCAUUUAUUAUAUAAAUGGAAUUGUAUAAUACCGUCAAAACACAAGCAUCAACGUCGUAGAUAA